AUGAAGACUUCUGCUCUCCUCAUCGCUGCUGGUGCGACACUGGCUAGUGCUCACUACACCCUACCCUCCAUCAACGGCGACGGCACCUGGGUUCACGUCCGCCAAGCCAAGAACUGGCAAGACAACGGCUUCGUCGGCGACGUCACGAGCUCCGACAUCCGCUGCAACCAGCUCCGCCCCGGUACCUCUGGCGCCCUCAGCGUAGCCGCCGGCUCCUCAGUCAAAGUCAGCGUAAACCCAAAUGCGUACCACCCGGGCCCCUUCCAAUCGUACCUCGCCAAGGUGCCGGAAGGUCAGGAUGUGAACACCUGGGAUCCUACCGGUGCUGUGUGGUUUAGGAUUUAUGCUGAACAGCCAAAGUUCGGGAGUCAGUUGACUUGGUUGAGCGCCGCAAACUACAACAUCAACAUCCCCUCGUGCAUCGCGCCAGGCAAAUACCUCAUGCGCAACGAGCACAUUGCGAUACACACUGCCGGUACAAGAGGCGGUGCGCAAUUCUACCUUUCUUGCGCCCAGAUUGAAGUCACGGGUGGUGGCAGCAAGACGCCGACCAACUUGGUGGCUUUCCCCGGUGCUUAUAGUGCGACGGAUCCGGGUAUUUUGAUUAAUAUCAAUUACCCGAUUCCUACAAGUUACAAGAACCCUGGUCCUCCGACGUUUACCUGCUAG